AUGUCCACUUCUAUAAAUGCCAAUUUAUUUUCAGCUUCCCCACCUUCAAUAUGCUCUUUGCCACGACGAGGUCCUAUCUCUGAUCGAACCAGCUUGACCACCUCGCCAUCAGCAGAUUCCGCCUCCUCGUCGGACUAUUACUAUUGGUGGCAGGCAUGGCAGCAACAGCAGCAGCAACAACAACAGCAACAACAACAGUUGCAGCAGCAGUUGCAGCAGCGUUGCUACCUUGAUGCCACGCUGCCCGAAGCGCCUUCAACGAACUGGCAUUCUGUGCCUGGCGGCUCCUCUACACCAUCGCAGCCUCCUAUGACGGCACCAGGGUGUCCCCCCGGCUUGCAAGCCGCUUCCCUCAGCGUCACUGGAAGUCCAGCAGAUGUACAAAGCCCGGCCGAAGUCUCGUCGAUCACGGCCGACUGGCUGCGCGCAGCUGCCGACCACUUCGCUGCCGCUGCCGCGGCAGCUUCAGCUUCUGCCUCUGCUUCGGCAAGUGGGUUUGCUUCGCCUCCUCUACAGUUGCCGCCACCACCACCACUUAUGCUACCCCCGGCACCGCCAUGUCAGGCCUACGGACAGCUGGCCGCCUGCGCCUGCCAUCCGUCGCAUCGUUUCAGUCAAGUGUGGAAUUCAUGUGGUUAG